AUGGCAGAAAUAUAUACUCUUCAAACACCAGAAAACUUAAAUUAUAGUUAUGAUCGUCGUUUAUCAUCAGCAAGUAUUAAGAAUAAUAGUCGAAGUUCGCUCAUCUCUGAAGAAAAUUCAUAUGAACAAAGACCACAAAUGUAUUAUCUAAGAUUAAAUGAUGGUCAACAAAAAUCAUCAUAUGACCAACAAAAAUUAUCUUCAUCAUCAAUCGAUGGAAAUUUUCGUUCAUCAUCAAUUCAACCUGAAUUAUAUCAUCUUAAAGUUGAAGGAAAUGAUAUUGCAAAUUCAAAUUAUCGUUCAUCAUCGGUAAUGAUUAAUGCAAAACGAAAAUCAUCAAUACCAUAUCAAUCUUUAAAUGAACAAAAACCAGAAGUUUAUUACAUAAGUGCAGAAGAUAAGAACCCAUCGCUUUACAAUAGACGAUCACCAUUUCCGAACAAUAUUCAUCAACAAAAUAAUUUAAAUGAAGCCAUAAUACAUUCGAAUAGUUCAUCUGAAGGAAAAAUCAUAACAUAUAUGAUUAAAACACCUAAAGAAGAUGAGUUUCAAUCACCUAUUCAACGUACUCCAUCAUCUCGUAUACGCCGUAGUAAGAAAAAACCAAUCGUAUCAUGUGACAUGGAUGAUGAUGAUAAUGGUGAAAAGGGUUUAUCAAAUAAACAAGAUGAUUUUCCAAUAGGACCACAUGAUGUAUCAGCAUAUAUUCGUUAUGUACCAUUAUCACAAUAA